ACAUACCCAUAUUCGAAAAACCGUUUCUUGCUCGGAUUUCGAGAAACCCAACUAAAAAGCUUGUUAUUUGGAUAUUAGGAUGGAAUCGCACAAAACAACUACAGAGUUAUAAUGUAUUGAUCGUACUCUGUUUCUGUCCUUUUGUUCUUCUGAUUUAGCCGGUGGUGAUUUUGAUCGAAUCCAGGCAACAGCAAGAACAAAGGUGGACUGAAAAGUUGAGAAUCCAAGGCGAUUUUUUUAUAGUGUGUAGGGGGCUGUAGGGCUUUUGUAUGAGCUUUGGGAUUGUGCUUACGGUUCCCCGUUUUGAACCAAACAGUAGCAGUAAAGAUAAGAAAGGAAGGAACAAAGAAAGUUAGAGAGAGGGAACGUACGGUAUUUAACUUUAAUGGUAGAUUACUGUAACGCCAAAAAGGUUUUGGCUUUAGCAUGCUAAGUUGGUUUUAAUAAAGAGGAAGGGAGAAGAGCGUCCGAGAAAGAAAGAAAGAAAGCAGACUGAGAGUCACUAAAACAAUCCACGAGAUGAAUAAGAAAACGAAGAAGCCGCCUGCAAACGAAGAUUCGAAGAAGAAGGAGCGCCACAUUGUUACAUGGAAUCAGGAGGAGGAUGAUAUACUCCGCCAGCAAAUUUGCCUUCAUGGGACGGGAAAUUGGACGAUUAUUGCAUCCAAGUUCAAGGAUAAGACGACCAGACAGUGCAGAAGAAGGUGGUACACGUACUUGAAUUCUGAUUUCAAGAAAGGGGGCUGGUCGCCCGAGGAAGACAUGCUCUUAUGCGAGGCUCAGAAGAUAUUUGGUAAUAGAUGGACGGAAAUAGCGAAGGUGGUUUCAGGCAGAACGGAUAACGCUGUGAAAAACCGUUUCUCCACUCUGUGCAAAAAGAGAGCAAAAUAUGAAGCCCAACCAAAAGAGAAUUCCGGUUCAUACAUUAACAUGAACAACAAAAGGGUUGUAUCCCAAAAUGGGUUCAGUACAGAUGGAGCUGAGACUGCAGCACCUUUAAAGAAGAUUAGGCCAACCUUCAUCCCUGAUAUCACAGAAAAUUACACCUUAAGAGACGGAUUACGUAAGCAGUGUGGAACUAUGAAUCAGCAGCUGCGAGCUCCUUUUGCUGUGUUGGCUCAGAACAUCCACAGUGUUAAUAACUUGGCAGACCAACAUCAUGUCAAUGAUGACAACGAUCACUUCAACGAUGCAGCUCAGAAUGACAGGAUUCAAGGUACAUAUCUCAAGAAAGAUGACCCAAAGAUAAUUGCGUUGAUGCAACAAGCAGAAUUGCUCAGCUCACUUGCUCUAAAAGUUAAUACAGAGAAUACAGAUCAGAGUCUGGAAAAUGCUUGGAAGGUUCUUCAAGAUUUUCUGAACCGAAGUAAAGAAAGUGAUAUCCUCACAUACAGAAUCUCUGAUAUUGAUCUUCAACUUGAAGAUAUUAACUUCAGUAAUAGUGAUGAGGGAAGUCUACCAUCCUGGAGGCAACCUGAUCUGUGUGAUGAGUCUCCUGGAAGCUCUGAAUACAGUACAGGAUCAACUCUACUGUCGAAUAUAGAUGGAAACAAAAUGGAGCAAGCACAAGUUGAGAUAUGUUCCCUGCAUCAGGAUAUCAGAACUAGGCCACAAUCAUUUCAUAUUGGAGAGUAUGCGGAUGUUGGUGAAUUUGAGACAGGAGUGACUUCUGGUGCAACUACAAAGCAAGGGAUUUUCAUGUCUUGUGAUGAACAAGUAGUCAAUGAUGGAGUUGUUUCUGCCUCAUCAAGUACAGAGUUUGGUUCCCCUCUUCAAGUAACCCCGUUGUUCAGAUCAUUAGCAGCAGGGAUACCUAGCCCAAAAUUUUCAGAAAGUGAAAGGAGCUUCCUACUAAGAACACUUGGAAUUGAGUCCCCUUCUACCGACCCAUUUGCCAAUUUUUCACAGCCACCAUCCUGCAAAAGAUCCCUCCUCCACAGUCUAUAAACAGCUUCUACAAUCUACCUCCUAAUACAAAUUCUACUUGGCCCAGAUCCAUUGUUGAGGUCUUGCCUUCUCAUUUGUAUUCAGUUUCCUAGGAUUGCAGCCAUUCUGGCAUGAUAUUUUAGUUAGACAUGUUGAGAUCUGCACUCCAAAACACCCCAGAUCUAGAAUGUUAUGGUGCAUUCUGCCAUUUCCAGCACAUCUAACGUGUUCUUUAGUCCCCGCCAGAUUUACUACCUUGACAUUAACACAAAAACCAGUGUGCUCGGUGUGUCCCUUCUUUUGUUUUUCUUCUUGUUCUAUAUGGUUUUGGGUGUUCCAGAUUUCGGUCUUGAUUUAUGAUUUGUACAGAACUAGUUAUGUCAUUCCUAGUCAUUGUGAGUGUAAGUAGUCAUCGGCAGCUCGCCUAUAUAUGAUGAAAGAUUAUAGAGGAAAGAGGAAAAAAAAUUAGGAUUAACCAGUUGAAAUGGAUUCCCUUUUUGUUAUUUUUGGGUGUGCAAAGGGUAUAUAAAAAGGCUGUAAUAUUUUUUUUCUUUAAUUUUUAAACUUGAUUUCUGAUGUAAUGGAACUUAAUUAGUGUGAAUGAAUUGGAGUUUCUGGUUUUGGUGUGCA